AUGACGUCAUUCAAGGUCGUAACGGGGGACCUCAUCCGUCUGAUCGAGACGCCUCAUGAGAAGCAGCAGGACGUGCUCACUCGCAUGGGCGGUUUGGAGGGCAUUGCUGCCUCGCUUAAAGUAGACCUACGCCAGGGCUUGGACUCGAACAAUGAAGACGAUCUCACGAAGCGUGAGGAGUCUUUCGGCAAGAAUUACGUGCCUCCAGCCAAGUCGAAGAGCUUUUUGGAGCUCAUGUGGGAUGCCUACCAAGACAUUACCAUUAUUGUGCUGACCAUCUCGGGAUUUAUCUCGAUCAUUUUGUCGUCGACAGUGGGUGACCACCCUGAGACAGGGUGGGUAGAAGGCGCCUGUAUUAUCUUUGCAGUGGUCGUGGUGACAUUAGUCACGGCCGUGAACGACUAUCAGAAAGAAUCGCAGUUCCGGGAGCUUAAUGCUAUUAAGGAGGAUGAGAAGAUUAAGGUCAUCCGCAACGGCCAGCCAGCUGAAGUCAGCAAGUGGGGCCUCGUGGUCGGGGACAUUGUCCGUGUUGAUUUGGGUGACAUUAUCCCAGCCGACGGUAUCGUCUUUGAUCAGAAGGAAAUCAAGAUGGAUGAAAGCGCCAUGACGGGCGAGUCGGAUCUUUUGUCGAAAACCGCUGAGAACCCGUUUUUGCUCUCCGGUACGAAGGUCAUGGAGGGCGUUGGCAAGAUGUUGGUUGUUUGUGUGGGUGAGAACUCGCAAGCUGGUAUCAUCAAGAGCCUGAUCAACGGUAACCGUAGCGGGGCUGCUGCUGGAGGAAGCGACAGUAAGGCCGAUCCCAAGAACAAGAACAAGAAGAACCCGGACGCCGACGGUCAAGCCUAUAUUGAGAUUGAGACUCCAAAAGAAGGGGCUUCUAUCGAGGUCGAGGAAAAGAGGGACAGCGAAGAAGAAGAGGAGAGCCAAUCUCCUUUGGAGGGCAAGUUGUACAGCUUGACUGUGCUUAUUGGGAAGCUGGGCACAGUUGUGGCGUUAUUGGUAUUCGUCAUCAUGUCGAUCCGUUUCUCGAUCGACACGUUCAUCACCGACAGUAUGCCAUGGAAAGGUAGCUACAUCAGCGAUUACUUGAACUUUUUCAUCAUUGCUAUUACUGUGCUGGUGGUGGCGAUUCCCGAAGGUCUCCCACUCGCAGUGACCAUUGCUCUAGCCUACUCUGUCAAGAAAAUGCUGGCCGACAACAACCUGGUGCGUCACUUGGACGCUUGUGAAACAAUGGGCAGCGCUACAACUGUUUGCUCUGACAAGACGGGUACACUGACGACGAACCGCAUGACUGUGAUGCAAUUGUGGAUCGGGGGUCAAGAGUUCUCGUCUGCUUUGGCGGGUGUUGGUGCGUUGUCGGAUACGACGAGGGAGGCUUUCUGCACGGGCAUCGCUGUGAACUCGACUGCUGAGAUUCUGCCGUCUAAGGUGGAAAAUGGUCAGCCCGAGCAUACUGGCAAUAAAACAGAGUGCGCGCUACUGCAGUACAUCCGUGACGGUGGUAUGGAGUAUCCAGACAUUCGUGCGAACAACGAGGUUGUGCACAUGUUGACGUUCAGCAGCGCCAAGAAGCGAAUGUCGGUGGUGGUACGUCGCACUGCGACGACUUCUCGCGUGUACACAAAGGGUGCCACAGAGGUGGUGCUAGGUCUAUGCCAGGACAUGCAAGCCGUGGAUGGUUCAAUUGAGCUUCUUGACGAGGAUCGCAAGGCGAAAAUUGGUGAGGAGGUGAUUGAAAAGUAUGCAACACAAGCCUAUCGUACGCUGUGUCUGGCCUACCGUGACCUGGAUGUACCUGCUGAGGAAACGAAUGACUGGUCUGACGAGGAUUUGGAGAAGAAUUUGACAUGUGUGGCGAUCGUGGGCAUUGAAGAUCCGGUUCGUCCGGAGGUGCCUGAUGCUAUCAAGAUGUGCAGCACCGCUGGAAUCACGGUUCGCAUGGUGACAGGCGACAACAUUACGACUGCGAGGUCGAUUGCCAGCAAGUGCGGUAUCACAACGCCGGGCGAUGGCUCAUUGAUUAUGGACGGUCUGACGUUCCGCACCCGAGUGCUGGAUGCGCAGGGUAACAUCAUUCAAUCAGAGUUUGACAAGAUCUGGCCCAUGCUGCGCGUGCUUGCCCGUUCGUCGCCGAAGGACAAGUACACGCUUGUGUCUGGAUUAAUGCAGAGUAACGUCGUACCGCACGGUCCUCAGGUGGUUGCUGUGACUGGCGAUGGCACGAAUGAUGCUCCUGCUUUGAAGAAAGCAAACGUUGGUUUUGCCAUGGGUAUCAGUGGCACGGCCGUUGCAAAGGACGCUUCGGACAUUAUCUUGAUGGAUGACAACUUCAACUCGAUCGUGAAUGCGAUCAAAUGGGGCCGCAACGUGUACGACUCGAUCGCGAAGUUUCUGCAGUUUCAGCUGACGGUGAAUGUGGUUGCUAUUUCUUUGGCGUUCAUUGGCGCGGUUGUGCUGGAGCAGUCUCCGCUUUCGGCCGUCCAGAUGUUGUGGGUAAAUCUGAUCAUGGAUUCGUUCGCGUCGCUGGCUCUUGCAACUGAGGAGCCGACUCCGCAAUUGCUCGAGCGUAAGCCUUACCCGAAGACUGAGCCGCUGAUUUCGAAGAAGAUGACCAAGCAUAUUCUAGGCCAAUCGAUUUACCAGCUUGCUCUGUUGCUGGCGAUUGUGUUUUCGGGUGAGAAGUGGUUCAACAUCCCGUCGGGUCGUACUAAUGAUCUUCCCAAGGACGUGAAAGACGAUCCCAGCGUUCACAUGACGAUUGUGUUCAACACUUUUGUGUGGGCGCAGCUGUUUAAUGAGCUAAAUGCGCGCAAGAUCCACGACGAGAUUAACAUCUUUACGGGCAUCACGAAAAACCGUGUGUUUAUCUACGUGGGUGUGCUCCAAGUCGUGUUGCAGUACGUGAUGGUUCAGCACACUGGUGACUGGUUCAAGUGCAAGCCGCUCAGCUUGAACCAGUGGAUCGCCUGCAUCGGUAUGGGCUUCGUGUCGCUGCCGCUUGGGCUUUUGCUGCGCUUGAUCGAUAUGAAAAAUGCGCCGAACUGGAUGGCAGUUUGCCGUGAGGUGGAUACGGCAGAGGUGCGCGAGAUCCGAUCAGGCAAUGGUCAGGCCCUUUGGGUGCGCGGCUUUGCUCGGCUUCGUGCACAGAUACGCGUGGUCAAGGCUUUUCAGAAGGGUCUUCAGGCGAAGGCUCUCAUUAAGGGAUAG